CUCCCCAUGUCCCAGAAGCCUCAGCCUGACCCCCUGGAUGCUCAGCCAGCAGCUCCCAACAGCACCCAGGCCGAGAGCCAUGACUCUCCCCCGGUCAUCUAUAUCCGCCGGCUCAAUGCCCACGACCCCACGCCCAUCAUCCAGAGCCGUCGGGCCAGCAUCUGGGGAACCUCCCCGAUAGCAAACACCUCCCAAGUCAACAGCCAAGAGCUGUCCCCAGCUCUCAGAACCCGCCGGGUCAGCAUCCAAGAGCCACUUCCCUCCGGGACCCCCCGCUGGGUCAGCACCCAGGAGCCUCUUCACCCUGGGAGCCCUCGCAGGGUCAGCAUUCAGGAGCCGCUUCCCCCCGGGACCCCCCGCCGGGUCAGCAUCCAGGAGCCGCCUCCCCCCGGGACCCCCCGCCGGGUCAGCAUCCAGGAGCCGCCUCCCCCCGGGAGCCCCCGCCGGGUCAGCAUCCAGGAGCCGCCUCCCCCCGGGAGCCCCCGCCGGGUCAGCAUCCAGGAGCCGCCUCCCCCUGGGAGCCCCCGCCGGGUCAGCAUCCAGGAGCCGCCUCCCUCCGGGACCCCCCGCCGGGUCAGCAUCCGAGAUGCCUCAGCUUUGCAAAGUCGCAGCUUCAGCUCGCAAACCUCUAGUGUGCUGGGCAGCAUGGACUCCACCCUCCAAGGCAGUUCGGUCAACGUGCAGAACUACCUGACGGCCCAGAAUAGGAAGCAGAGCCUGUCGUUGGCACGGUGCAGCAUCGAGGUGCCCCCGUCCAUCACCCACAGCCCCGAGGCCAGCAUCAGCAGCAUUGAGUCUGUCAUCUGUGACUCCCUGGACAGCCUCGAGGAGGCCGUGCAGGCUCAGCUGGAGCAUGGCACCCUCGAAGGCACCCACAGCUUCACCUCGGUCACCUCCAUUGGCGACCUUUCUUCCCGGUUCCAGAAGGGCAGCCACCAGUCCCUGCUGCCCAUAUGCUGGCGGCUGCUGCACGAGGCCAAGAAGAUCACCCGCUACGUGAGCCUGGUCCUGACGCUGGCCGGCUUGCUGGUCAUCAACCUCAUCUCCCUGGGCCAGCCCUGGCUGCACUUCCAGGUGCCGUUGCGGCCCCCCGGGGAUCCCGCCGGCCCCCAGACCAUCCCCAUCGACACCAUCAUCUUCGUCCGCUGCCCCGACAUCUCCUGCCUGCACGAGUAUGACCAGAAUGCCUAUCUGCUGGACCUCGCCUGGGCCUUCAUCGUCUUCUCCAGCAUCAGCAGCCUCUGCCUCUUCAUCACUCUGGUCAGCACCAUCUUCUUCACCACCUCCAACCUGCCUGUGCUCGACUUCUCCAUGUUCGUCAGCAGCGUCCUGACAGAAGCCUGGAAUUCAGGACUCGCUACAGGAACCGCGCCAGCCUCAGCACCUCCUCAUGACGCCCCUACUGGAUGUGGGUCCCACAGUUGUGCCCACUCUAGGCCCAGCGAGACAAACUGGCCGCCCUGGGCUGAGGGGCGGAGCUCUGGUGGCCCCAAAGUCCGUGGCGGUUUCCGAUGCCACCCUCGCCUGGCUAAAGGUGGAGACUCAUGCUUCCAGCGUGCUGCAGCCUCUUUCCCAACUCUGAGCAGGGGCCAGCCAGUUCCUGCAGGAAGGCAUGACCUACAGGCUGGGCGUCAGCUUCUACCUGGCCUGGAUGGGCGUCUUCUUCUUCCUGAUGAUCGGUCUCCUGUCCUACUUGAAUUACAAGAAUUUCUGGUCCAUUCUGGCACUGCAGGGCAUCUGGAUUUAAGACCAGGACCAUGUUGGCUCUCAAGGCUCCUGGACAAGCACCUGCGGAACAGUCUUGUAUUUAGUUCAGGGCCUUGGACACCCUCCGUGGAGCCGCCAUCCUGCCCUGGGCCAGCCUCCAGCGAAGGGGAGGAACUCAGAGGUCAAGGGGGCGGAGUUUGGGGCGGAGCGGCAGCGCACGUGGAGAUGCCCCUGGAAAGUGUCAUGGCGUCCGGUGCAUGAUGGGAAGUGAGGCUC